AUGGCAUCCAUCGACCCCCACACCAAGACCGCCUUCGCAACCAUUGACUGGGAAUACUACCGUCAGGGUCGUCCCCGGUAUCCAUCAUCUUUGACUUCGCUUAUCUAUGCCUAUCGACGCGUUCAUCCCCAUACUCGCUGGGAGCGCCUGGUUGACAUCGGCGGUGGCUCAGGCAUAGCCACCACUAACUUCAUGGCCGACUUCCAAGUCAUCCAUCUCUCCGAUCCCAGUCCAAGCAACGUAUCCCAGGCGAGGGUAUUCCUUCCUAAAUGGGCGGCGCAACAUGACCUGCAACCCGCCUUUGAAUAUUCGCAGUGCACAGGUGAAGAAUCUUACCACCAUACCGGUGAAGGUCAGGUGGACAUGGUGAUUUGUGCGACUGCAGCACAUUUCAUGGACCCCGAUGGCUUGAUUGCCUCUAUUGGGAAGAUGCUUCGACCGGGAGGAACAAUGGCAAUUUUCAGCUAUUGGCUACCUACAUUUCCCCAGCAGUCUGCACACUUUCAGGACGUCUUUGCGUCUAUCUUUGAAAAGGUGUUCAUGCCGCACCUACAGCAGGAUGGCGGUCUGGCAAGUCAGAAAGAAAUGAUCUACCACGUGGCACGGCGCCAGGGAGCUGGUGAAGGACUGCUAGACUCACUUCCAGUGCCAGAAGAUCUGUUCGAGGAUCCUGUCCGGGUGUAUAUCAACUCUGCCAAGGAUUGCAGGAUGCCCUACUACUCGCAGUUUGCGAAGUACUUCCCCCCUGAGUUUCGGCCGGAGGAUUACAGUCGAGUGGAUGACAAGGAUGAGAAAGUGAAAUAUAAUACUGGUAUCGACGAUGAGGCCGAGGGGUGGGAGUUCGAGACGGACAAGGAGUGGCUCAUUACGUAUCUGAACACUGUCUUGCCAGCACAGCACAAGCUCGAGGGUGAAACUGCGAAAGCCCUGCUCGCUGAUUGGGACCGGGUAUUUGAGGAAGAAUGUCCGAGCGGGCGGCUACAGGUCCAGUGGACGGCAAACCUCGUGCUGGGGACGCGGAAGUGA